GGGCGGAGCAGCCGCCGCCCGCGCGGGCCGCCCGCGUCCGCGGUGCCUCGCCGUCGCGCAUGUUAAUGCUCGGUAAUUGCCCGGAGAGGAGAGGUGGGGCGGAGCGAUCCGCCGGCUGCCCGCCCUCCCUCACUCCCUCCCCGCUGCUCUCCCCCCGCGCCGCCGCCGCCUCUCCUCCCCGGCCUCCCUGAUGCCGAGGAAUGGAUAGAGCGGCUGCCCUGCGAGCCGCCGGCAUGCUGGAGAGGAAGGAGCGGAGCGGUGGCGAGGCGGCGGCCGGCGGCGGCGCGGGGCCCCGGGCGGGCGCGGCAGCGCGGGGCUUGCCGGCCGUGCGGAGCACGCUGCAGCAGUGCGGGCUGCUGCAGGACCUCAUCGACAUCUCGCUGUCCAACCUGCGCGGGCUCCGCACCAAGUGCGCCGCGUCCAACGACCUCACCCAGCAGGAGAUCCGCACCCUGGAGGUGAAGCUGAUUGACUACAUCCACAGACAGCGGCAAUGUAAGCUCAGCGUGCCCCUCAACGACAGGACAGCAGAGCUCAACAGCUACCCCAGAUUCCACGACUGGUUAGACAUUGUCAACGUGAGGAAAGAAGUUGUACAGAGGAUACCAGAGGAGCUGACCUUAGAUGCCUUACUAGAAAUGAAUGAGUCAAAGGUGAAAGAAACAAUGAAGAGAUGUGGUGCCAGAGAUGAGGAGUGCUCCCGGCUCAAUGGGGCACUGAGCUGCUUACGGAAGGCAACUGAAUCAGGCGGGGAGCUCAGGGACGAUGUGCUGAUGAACCUCUCUGAGGCGCGCCGAGAGAACAGCUCCACCACCACCACUGAGUCCCCCGGCUCCGCUGCGCCCACAUGGACCCCCUCAGCACUGCACCCUCCCAAGGGCAGCAGCCAGCAGCCACGCUCCGUGUCAGUCUCUACAAUCCCAGCUUCAGACUCUCUUGCCUCCAGUCACGGACCUUCUAUCUAUGCAGAAAACCUCCUGGACCCUUUUGCAUUCCCCGCACACAGUGGAAGGUUAACGCCAAGGACUCCUCACAGCAUCACCAUCACUCCUCCAACCACGCCUCAAACCAAGCGGCGGCACAAGUUGAAGCCACCACGGACUCCUCCUCCCCCUUGCAGGAAGGUUUUUCAGCUGCUACCUAACUUCCCAACCCUCACAAGGAGCAAGUCCCAUGAAUCCCAGCUGGGGAACAGGAUAGAUGAAGUUCCUCCAAUAAAGUUCGAACUCUCCCAAGGAUCCCCUCAAACGGUACGAAGAGACUUUGGCUUAGCUGUAACACACAGGUUCUCUACAAAGUCUUGGUUAUCUCAGAUUUGCCAAGUCUGUCAGAAGAGCAUGAUGUUCGGGGUGAAGUGUAAGUACUGCAGAUUAAAAUGUCACAACAAAUGUACUAAAGAGGCACCUGCUUGUAGAAUCUCCUUCCUUCCCAUAGCAAAAAUAAGAAGAACAGAGUCUGUCCCUUCUGAUAUCAAUAAUCCAGUAGACAGACCAACAGAGCCACAAUUUGGAACUCUUCCCAAAGCACUAACUAAAAAGGAGCAUCCACCAGCAAUAAACCAUUUGGACUCCAGCAGUAAUCCUUCUUCUACAACCUCAUCCACACCCUCUUCCCCAGCCCCUUUCCAGUCUUCCAACCCUCCCAGCGCAACACCUCCCCCAAACCCCUCUCCUAUGGGCCACAGGGAUGGACGCUUUAACUUCCCAGCUGCCUACUACAUUCAGCACAGACAACAAUUCAUCUUCCCAGAAAUUCCCAGUCCUGCCCAGUCAGCACAGCCUCCAGAAACAGCUGCAGACACUAAUGCUGAUCAACAGCCAGACACACAUGGAGUUGAAUGUGAAGCAGAGGUGGAGGAACCAGAGGCUAAUAAAUCAGAACCCGAAGAUGACGAGGAUGAGGUGGAGGAUCUGCCAAACAGACGGCCCCGCUUGCAAGGGAUGAUUUACCGCAAGCCCAGCCAGACCAGCGUGUACCUGCAGGAGUGGGACAUCCCCUUUGAACAGAUUGAACUGGGGGACCCCAUUGGCCAAGGGCGGUGGGGGAAGGUUUACAAGGGGAAGUGGCACGGGGAAGUGGCCAUCCGGCUGCUGGAGAUAGACGGGAACAACCAGGAUCAUCUCAAGCUCUUUAAGAAGGAGGUGAUGAACUACAGACAGACCCGGCAUGAGAACGUGGUACUCUUCAUGGGAGCAUGCAUGAACCCCCCUCAUCUAGCAAUCAUUACCAGCUUCUGCAAAGGAAGGACACUUCACUCGUUUGUGAGGGACCCCAAGAUAUCCCUGGACAUCAACAAAACCCGGCAGAUAGCACAGGAGAUCAUUAAGGGCAUGGGCUAUCUUCACGCAAAGGGGAUUGUGCACAAGGAUCUGAAAUCCAAGAAUGUUUUCUAUGACAAUGGGAAAGUUGUGAUCACUGACUUUGGAUUAUUUGGAAUUUCGGGUGUGGUUCAGGAAGGAAGGAGGGAGAACGAACUGAAGCUGCCUCACGACUGGUUAUGUUACCUGGCCCCCGAGAUUGUUCGUGAGAUGGCCCCUGGGAAAGACGAGGACAAGCUGCCUUUCUCCAAAGCUGCAGAUGUCUAUGCCUUUGGGACUGUGUGGUAUGAGCUCCAAGCAAGAGAAUGGCCUUUCAAGACCCAGCCUGCCGAGGCGCUCAUCUGGCAGAUCGGGAGUGGCGAAGGGGUGAAGCAAGUCCUUGCAACUGUUAGCUUGGGGAAAGAAGUCAAUGAGAUUCUCUCGGCGUGCUGGUCCUUUGAUCCCGGCGAGAGGCCGAGCUUCACUGUCCUCAUGGAUAUGCUUGAAAAACUGCCAAAACUGAAUCGUCGGCUCUCCCACCCAGGGCACUUCUGGAAGUCUGCUGAGCACAGUUCAGUUCCUGAAGCCAGCAGCACCUCUGGAGGUACCGCACUGACCAGCCAGACCCGAUCCCUGCCCCAGGCACCACUGCACUUGUGGAAGACAAGACAUGGUCCAGAGGGACACAAGAGACAGGACAAGGGGAGAAGCCAUCCCUAAGUAAUGCAUUAAACAAGGUUGUGAUGCACGGAGCUGGUUAAGAGAGGUGAAGUCAUUUCACACACACAUACAUACCUCCCCCCCGCCCAGUGUUACCAGCCCCUGCAGCCAGUCAUAUUGAAGUCUGCAAACUCUAUGUUUGGAAAAUUCAGGAAUAAAGUGAUUGUUUUGGGGAAGACUUAAGAAGAGCACAGUUCCUGCAAGCAGGAAUGUCACACCUGGCUCCAGAGCAUCUAGCUUAAAAUUAACCUGACAUAGCCUAAGCUGGGUUAAGACACACACUCCUCACCAUGCCCUCUCCAGUGCAUGACAUGGAGGUUACAAGUGAGGACGGGUCCUGAGGGGUCCCUGAAGUCACCAAAUUCCAUUUCUCCAACAGCACUAGUACAUUACACCCCCCAGACACACACCUUUCACCGUGAGGGGCUGCGAGUAGCACGGGGGCAGCUCUAAGCCCCCCAUGAUGCAGGGAAGGCAACAGGCACUUGGUUGGCUACAGGUGGGUGGGUGACUCGUAGAAAAUUCGGAGGCAAAGAGACCCCUGAGUUCUGUUGAGCAGAGCUGCUCCGCCUUGGGCAAGCCGGGAGUGCUCCCACAAGCGCUCUGGCAGAGUGAGUUUGACGUGUCUCAUGUAAAACAUCCAUCUGGUGGUAGCCAGGCGCUGCGGUACGCUUCUGACCUCCCUCCUCUCCCCACUGUUCCAAAGCAAACACCCCCCCGCGCUCCCAUGUGUUCAGCCUUCACCACCCUGUUCUCCUGCAGACUUGCUCCUGUUUGUUCUCUCAGUAGUGCUGUGUCAGCAGUUUUAAGCAGUUGUUUUCCCUGCUGCUUAAAUCACAGCAGCACCCCCAAACCUAAAGCAGGAGCCCUCAUGGGCUUUGCUCUGCUCCUGCUGCAGCGGGUGCUGGGCGACAGCAGCCCCCGUGUGCUCCUCACCACUGCCCUCGGUGCGCCUGGAACAGCUCCUGGGAGCCGGGACACCUGGAACUUCCCUGCAGGAACCACUCAACAACUGGCACACGGACACUUGAGCUUGCCCCUCAUCGGCUGCCGCACACGCGUGCAGGAGCCUCGCUGGGGAGCAACAGAGCCGUGGUUUGCUCCUGACGCUGUGACCGGUGAGGGGCAGGACAGCCAGCACUGCAUGAGAGCCCGACUAAAACACAGUAAUUAAAACCCAACCAAACCCCAUCGCUGUUCGUCCUUCCUGUGCCUGCCCUCGGGUGUGACUCACACCCUGCCCAUGAGGACGCGCUGCCCCUGCCCCACGCAGAGCUUCCCCCAUUCCCACAGGCGCUGCCCCGGGACCCGACAGCCCUUCGUGCUGCACCUCGGUGUGCUCAGUGCUGGCAGGGGAACACGGGCCUGUGCUCCUGCCCUGGGCAUGGGGAGGGGGCUUCAAACCUGCCCUGAACUACGAGAUUUGGGAUUCAAAUUUAACCUGACCUUGGGUUUGCAUUUAACACCCAUAAACUGCUCCUGAAAACCAAACCCGGGCUCCUGCCCCCUUCUAUCAGAGAGGAGACACUUGUGAUGGCCUCUGGGGUCGUUCCUGUUUGCAUCAGCCGGUGUGAGGCCUGUGGGGCUGGUUGUGAUGCUGCUACAGGAGCCACGUGUCAGUGAAUGUAGGUGCAGCCCAUCUCACGGGGGGCACAGUCACCUUCUUCUCUUUUCAAAUGUGAUGUAAAAUAUGUACAGUAAUUUUUUUUUUUAUAUUUUCUAUCGAGUGUCUUCCAGAAUUGCUCUUAAAUUAAUUAAAACUCGUUGGUAUUAACAACAGGAUCUGUAUUAGUUUAUGCAACCGGUAAAAACAGGAACAAAGAGUGCACUCUGCUGCUGAAGUUCUGGAUGUGUAGGAACCUUUCAGUGAAUAAAUCUUUGCUCUGGAUAAAGCAA